AUGACCACAGUCACUGUCGUCCUGGCUGCAGCGAUUGCCCUGAUCAUCGGGUUUGGUGUCUCAGGGAAGCGCUCCAUCGGCGUGACGGCGCUGCCGUCGGCGGGGAACAUCGGCCGGCGCGGGCUCCUGGGCUGCACGUUCCAGCCCGGCGUCCGGCUGGGCAGUGUGGCCAUCCGGUGGGCCAAGCUGGGCCACGCCGGGCUGGUUCACGAGUUCAGAGGCGGGAAGGACGAGCUGCGGGAGCAGGAGGCGUCGUUCCGGGGCCGCACGGCGGUGUUUGCAGAGCAGGUGAUGGGGGGCAACGCGUCGCUGGAGCUGCGGGACGUGCGGCUCUCCGACGCGGGCACCUACCUGUGCUCCGUCACCACGGCCCGGGGCAGCGGGGCCGCACGCCUGCUCUACAGGACAGGAGCCUUCAGCAGCCCCGAGGUGCAUGUGGAGAACAGCAGCAGUGGGGAGACUGUGCUGCAGUGUGAAGCGCCGCGCUGGUUCCCUCGCCCCACUGUGCGCUGGACCACCUGCAGUGACACUGGAGAGGACCUGCCUCACGUUGCCCACACCAGCUUCCAGCUGAAUGCUGACAACAUCACUCUGAAAGUCGUUUCCUUUCUGCACAACAUUACUGUCAAUGCCACCUACACCUGCGUGAUUGAAAACAACAUUGCCAAGGCUACAGGCAGCAUCCAAGUGACAGAUUUCAACAUUACAAGGGAGACCAACUUGCAGCUGGUGAACCUGAAUGCAGAGUCUGUGUCCUCCUCCCUUUCACCCUGUCACUGGAUUCUUCUGCUUCCUCUGUAUCUGCUGUCAAUAUAA